AUGCGCAGAAUGUCUCCACUCCGCGAACUGGUGGAAUACAUGAAAAAAGCAAACUUUCGGUGGGCCGGUCAUGUAAUGAGAAGAAUGAUGACAGAUGGACAAGAAGGCAACAGACGACAUGGUCGAGUGGGCGCUUUAGGCCUGCUGCGAGAUGAAGGGAUGUGCUUGUCGAAACACGUGAAACAGCUGCAACAGGAGCUGAACGACUCCUCACAUCGUCAUCUUCGUCGAAUUCCGAGCCUGUCGUGGAUGGCGUUCGCGAAAGACAGAAGCGAAUGGUUUGUUGCUAGUGCUCGCACAUGA